CAAGCAAAGCAACCCAAAGCAAAAUACAUAAUUAAUAACCUCACACACCUCUAAUGGCAGCUCAGGAUGAGAAGAAUGUGUUCGGCAAGCCCAUAACAGAGGGAACUAGGAUGGAGAGGGCAAUCGAGGCUUUAAACAAUCCAGACGCAGGUGGCAAGCGUGGUGAAGCCCUUGAAUAUGUGAGGAAACAGAAAGAACUCUCGCGGAAAGAAGUUUCCACACUAUGUAUGUUUUAUAAUGCUACCGGUGAGACCUUGGCUUAUGAUGACGGAGACUCCAGGGAUGGGUCCAAGGUCUAUGGUACGUAUCCGGACAGAGUUCGGAACGGACAGUGGGGUGCGUUUUUGCAUGUUGGAACCACUGGCCGCAGCUCUGGGUUUGUGGUGUAUCGCGUCAAGAACAACGAUACAGAUUACUGUAGCCAGCUACUUGGUUGGGAGAACCCAGGGGGAGGGUGCCAUAACUCUAACAACCAUGCCCACUGUAACAUCUUUAAAGAUGGAGUGGUUGAUCCAGCUGAUGAGGUCUACAAGAGGAUGGAGCUUAGUUCCCGACAAGAUAAGGCGAGGAAGCUUGAAAUGCACACCAAAGCAAGUAUUGAGGAGGGAAUUUCACCUGUGUAUGAAGCAAAAUUCACUCGUGAAGAGGCUGAGGCCUCCUCAUUAAUGCUAUAUGCUGCUGCCCCACAAGAUGAUGCUGCCGAACAAGAUGUUGAAGCUUCAUCGGCUACUUGAUUGAUUGCUUCUUAAGCUUUCAAGAUCAUGCAUCUUAUAUAGACGUAUGUAUCUAUAUAUUGCAUGCAUUCCGUUUGUUUGCAUCUGUGUGAAGUUGUGAGAGUGCCUGUCUGUUAUGUUGUGUGAAUUUAAUAAAACGUGUGCUUGUACCAUUAUCUGAUUUAUAAUUAUAAUAGUCUCAUGAUUCCGUGUUUU